AUGCUCGCUACCAUCCCACCUUCUACGACGCCGACACCAGCGACUGCCGCCGACAAGGGCGCGCCCCCGAGCUACGACACAACAAUGCGCAUGUCGCCCAUGGUCGCCCAGCCCACCGGCCCCGCGCCGGUCAUUCCCUCCCGCUCGAGCAGCUACAGCACGGCGUCCUCGGACAUGUUCAUGUCUUCCCCCCCGUCGCAGUCAAUAACGACUCUGUCGAACCCGAGUCUCGUCUCCCUCACGCCCUCGGUCGCCCCGAGCCAGGGCCCGUGUUCGACCAUGUCGCCAAUGAUGAACCGCCACAGCUUCAUGCCCGCUCCCCGCCGCCCGUCGAGCGUCCACCCCGCCUCCCGACCAGCUUUCGCCAUCAUGACCCUCGCUGAGCAGAACGUAGUCCGCACCUUUGGCUUCCCUGCCAAGGUCAUCGAGGCGAUCGACCUCACCCUCAGCCGCGGCUGGAAGGGAGUCACCCGGAAACACUCCCCGCGACCCGCCGUCCAGGACUGGGAGCUCCUCGGCGCACCAUGGGAAGGAGGAAUUGAAGACGUGCGCUCGCGGCGGUUAGUCGAGUUCCUGCUGUUUUCGCUGUCCAAGGUUGGAUGGCACCUGAGUUCUUCGUGCGAGCUGCCCGGUCGCAGCCGGGACACCCUCUUCUUCAAGCAGGGACCCAUGGUCGCCCGCGCAUACUUCUCUGUCGGGUUUGACGACGAGAACACGCACAGCAUCAAGAUGAUCGAUGCGCCGAACGAUGCGAGGCAGGUCUUCCUCGACACGCUCAGUGAAUUCCCCGGUGGACUUGCUGGACACUGCGUGCCGGAACGUGGAUGCCUUGAAGCGGUCCUCAAGACCGACCCGUUCAACACGAUGGCCGACUCUGAGCUCGGCGGCCAGCUCAUGUGUGCUCUGCUUUACGCCCUCGACGGCAUCGGGUACGAGCUCGUCUCCUCCAUCGCUCUCGGACGGAAGCCGGCCUCAACACCAUGGGGCGCUGGCUCGAGCGUCGACACAUGGUUCCUGGCGAAGAAGCUCUGA